AUGUCGGCCAAUGCUAAGGGAAAGAAGCGCAAGUCCGGCGACAGCGUUGCGCAACCUGCGAAGAAGGUGAAGACAACUACCACGACCGUCAAGUCAGCAGACCGACCAGCACCGGCGAAAUCUGCGCUGAAGAAGAGCAAAGUCGAGACGACUGUGACUGAGAAGCCGAAAGAUAAAAAGGCUAAGCCUGAGCUAAAGGUCAAGAAGGUGGUCGAGAAAAUGGAAGAAGUUGGGCCCGUGGUGUCUGAUAUUGACGAGGAGGAAGACGGCGGCGCCGAGCUCACCGCAGACCAGACAGCGGACUUGCUUGCUGGUUUCUCGAGUGACGAAUCCGACGACGGGGAUGGCGAUGAAGGCGUAGACAUUGCCAAUCUUCCCGCGGCGCCUACCACGGGUGGAGUCCAGAAAGUCAUCUCCAAAGCAUCGAAGCAAAAGAGCGACGACCCGGAGAACAUACCAGGCGUAGUCUACAUUUCUCGGCUUCCGCACGGUUUCUUCGAAAAGCAACUGCGCGCCUACUUCUCGCAAUUUGGCACCAUAACCCACCUGCGCCUCGCUAGGAAUCGCAAGACAGGCAAGAGCAAGCAUUAUGCUUUCAUUGAAUUCGAGGCCGCUUCUGUUGCAGACAUUGUGGCCAAGACCAUGGAUAAGUAUCUGCUGUUCGGCCACAUCCUGCAGUGUAAGCGCAUUCCCGCUGAACAAGUCAAAGACGAGAUGUGGAAGGGUCCAAAAGGUGUGAAGAAUGGGAAGGUGCGGCCAAGGAACAGAAUUGAGGGGAGCAAGCUACGAAAGGGAACUGAUCGAGAGGGGUGGGAGAAGAGGAUAACUCGUGAAGAGCAGAGACGACAGAGCAAGCAAGAGAAGCUGAAUGAGUUUGGCUACGAUUUCGAGAUGCCUGCAGUAAAAGGUGUUGAUGCAGUCUCCAAGCAGAAGGCAGUGGAACCAGCCAAUGCUGAGGCUAGUGCUGAGCAGGAGGAGGGUGGCGCAAAGCUCGUCGAGGAGCGGGAGAAAGAGCCUGUUCUUGAGGAGACCGUUGUGGCCACGAUCAAGUCAGGUCCCAAGGGCAAAGCCGUAGUAGAAGGGAAGAUCUCGAAGCACAAGACCAAGGCCGGGGGUGAGAAAGCCACAGGGAAGAAGCAGAAGACCAAGGCAUAG